AGGAAUGUCUGGGAAGGCUGUAAAUGACUGAAAAACUGGAGGGUUUCAUAAUCCACUGUUAGAAAGGGAAGCAGACAAAAUUAUAAAACAAAGAACAGUUUCUUAUUUCAUCAUGAAAGGAUUGGAUUUUUCUUUGUUAACCAGUCGACCCAAACUGAUUGAGUUUGAAGGCAUCUCUAUGACCCAAUACUUCACUGAUGACUGGGAAAAUGUUCAGAACUUCCAGACAAGACCAGACGACAUCCUCAUUGCUACUUACCCCAAAGCAGGAACCACAUGGGUUUCCUACAUCUUAGAUCUACUUCAUUUUGGCAAUACAGAACCAGAGCGUCAGACCUCAAUGCCCAUCUAUAUGCGUAUUCCUUUCCUGGAGAUGACUAUUCCUGAGAUGGAUACAGGGGUUGAACUAGCAAAUAAUUUACCCACCAGACCACGACUCAUCAAAACACAUCUACCUGUUCAGCUGGUGCCCAAGUCCUUCUGGGAACAGAACUGCAAGGUCAUCUAUGUAGCUCGCAACGCCAAGGACAAUGCUGUGUCUUAUUUCCACUUUGAUCUUAUGAAUAAAGUACAACCUCAUCCAGGAGACUGGAACAAUUUUCUAGAGAUGUUCAUGGAUGGAAAGACUGUGUUUGGACCUUGGUAUGAUCAUGUUUGCGGCUUCUGGGAGAAGAAGCAGACCUAUGCUAAUCUUCACUACAUGUUCUUCGAGGAUAUGGUGGAGAACACUGGUCGUGAGGUGGAUCAGCUGUGCUCUUUUCUCGGUUUAUCUACACCAACAGAAGAGCGAGAGAAGAUUACCAAAAAUGUCCAUUUUGAUGUCAUGAAGGAAAACCAGAUGACCAACUACUCCACAGUUUCUGCCAUGGAUUUUACGAUCUCACCAUUUAUGCGUAAAGGUAAAGUCGGUGACUGGAAGAAUCACUUCACUGUGCAUCAGAACGAGCAGUUUGACAAACAUUACCAACAGAGGAUGAAGAACACAACUUUAAGCUUCCGCACAGAGAUUUAGGAAACCUGUUGACUUAUUUUACUCAGAGACCGUUCUGUCUACAUUUUAAAUUGUAAAGAAAUGUGAAGGAAUCAUGUGAACAAUUCAUUUUGUUUAGUUAGGUAACUAAUUUCUAUGUUAAAAAAAUAUAUGGUUAAUUUGCAUGGUUCGCAUUGUUUCCUAUUUCCUAGACAUUCUCACUUUUUAAAUGUCUACAGAGCAUUGCUGUGGCUCUGUGAUUCAUAUAAAAAUCAUUUAAGCUCUAUUGAACUUUGAAUAUGCAAAUAUCACAUGCACUGAUUUUAUUUCUUGUCAAGAAUUACAUUUCCCCAAGCAAUUUGAUAUACAGAGCUUAUAAAUUAUAAAUUAGGCAUUCAAUCCCAAUUUGUUACAUAAGUACAAUCCAAAGGAAGCCAGAGGUUUAAAUUGCUCAGGGGUUUAUAUGAAAGAGCCAACAAGACCCGGGGUACAAAGGUCCAGAGUUGUUAAUAACCAAUUGUUAUAUAAUAAAUAACGUAAAAUAGUUUUGGGGUUUGGUUCUCUCUGGUGCUCAUACCAGCAUGUGAUAGUUUCAUAACCAAUAUGUUAGAGUCUUAUACAGUACAGGAAAUUGGAGCUGCAAACAAAAAGGGGCCAUUAUUGAGUCCAAUAAAAAAAUACUCCAAUAUAUGUAGGGCAAGAUGGAUAAUCCAUGCUGUAAAAGUAAAAAACAAAUGUAAAACGGUUUCUUACUGUAUGUUUAAUUCUUUAAUUAAAUUCUUUAAUUCUUCAA